UGUCCGAGGCAAAUCAUGACUUCAAAAGUCAUGACUGAAAACUGGCACAAUUUUCUUCGUUUCAUCUUUAACAUGCGUUUUCACAUUGUUGUCGCCGCGGUAGUUUGGUCGGAUCUGGUGGACUCGCGGAAAAUAAGAGGAAUUUCAUCUUCGUAUAAACGAUUCUACAAAGAGAAGAAGUCGUUCCUUUGCAUAGAUGGGUCUAAAAUGAUCCCGUUUGAGCAGGUGAACGAUGAUUACUGUGACUGCCAGGACGGCUCUGAUGAACCAGGCACCUCGGCAUGUCCUCGAGGCCGCUUCUACUGCACUAACCUGGGUUUCCGCCCACACUACAUUCCCUCCUCACGAGUCAAUGAUGGCAUCUGUGAUUGCUGCGACGCCUCAGAUGAAUACAACAGCCCCGCUCGCUGCCAGAACUCGUGCUGGAAUCUGGGGCAGAGGGAGCGGGCGUUCGUGGAGGGCCAGAUGAGGGCGUUGGAUGAGGGGCUGAGACUUAAACAGCAGCUCAUAGAGGAGGGAGUGCUGCUCUGGAGGGAAAAACAGGCACAACUCCGGGAUCUGCAGCAGGUAGCAGAAGACCUCCAGAUCAAAUUAGAAGAACACAGGAGGAAGAAGAACGAGGCUGAGCAAACACUGAAGGCUCUGCAGUCCAGUGAUGGUCACACGAGAUACAACAGCUCUGCAGUGGGGCUUUUCAACCUUUUGGACAGCAACAAAGACGGCAGCCUAUCUGUUGAAGAAAUCCAGUCCAAAGUGACAUUCAUUCAGGAUGAGCAGAGAGUUCUCACAGAGGACGAAGCUGUGACUCUGCUGGGAGGAGGGCGGCGCAUGGAUCUGAGCACGUUCGGGAACACGCUUUGGGACACCCUGACGAGAGGAGACAGUGUGAAGAUCAAAGACGCACACGCAGCCGGAGCAGGCAGGUCUGUGGGUGAGGAUCCCCAUUUGAAAGCAGCUGAUAGAGCCGCCGAGUGGGAGGCGACCAAUCUCAAGAAGGCAGAGGAGUCCUACGAGCAAGUCAACGCGGAAAUAAGUGAACUCCAGAGGAAGCUGGCCAUCGACUACGGCACAGACUGGGAGUUCCUCUUCUUGAACAGUCAGUGUUUUCAGCUCCAAGUUUAUGAAUACACCUACACCCUUUGCCCGUUCAAUCAAGCGACACAGAGGAGCGCCGCAGGUACAGAGGUCUCAUUAGGAGUUUGGGGGAUGUGGUCCGGAAAUGCCCAGAAUCCUUACAGUCAGCAGUUGUACGAGAACGGAGAGCCGUGCUGGCAGGGCGGCUCCCGGAGUACCACUGUCACGCUGACAUGCGGAACAGAGACAGGCCUGCGAACAGCCAAGGAGCCCAGCAAAUGCCAGUACAUCAUGGACCUCCAGACUCCCGUAGCCUGUCAGCCCGUGCUCAAGCAGCGGGGGGUGCACAGCGAACUUUGACCCCGUCCCCAUGGUGACAGGCCGGGGUCCCGCGGGUGCCCCCCCCGACAUCUGUGUUGUCAGAACAUAUAUACUUCCAACAAGUGGAACUGAGGCCAUCCACAGACAAUAGCACUUCACUUGUCAUUGAUUGUACAGAGCUGCUAGCCUGGCCACUCACUCUAAUACACACAUUAUGCAAACAUGUACUACAGUAUACAGUGUACUACAUUAUUUUUACAGUUAGGGGGAUGGGCGAAAACAUAUCAGACUACUGAAUGGAUCUGAGUACGUGGUAAAAGAGUUCAGUCAUAUUUAAGGACUGCAGACUGCCAUCUAGGGAUUCACCAGCUUUUUCACAACCGAUACCAGUCUCGAUACUUUUAAUACCUGCCAAUACCCAAUAGUAACCAAUACCAGCAUGAUAAAUUUGUAUUUUUAACCUCAAAACUUAAACAGUUAACCUAUUAGAAAUGGAACCAGCAGUGUUAUGUAACUAUUUAUACUCAGUGUUGGGAAGGUGACUUUUAAAAUGUAAUCCCCUACAGAUUACAGAUUACAUACACCAAAAUGUAGUUUGUAACGUAAUCCAUUAAAUUACUUAAAGUGAGCAACAUAAUCUGAAUACUUUGGAUUUCUUGAUUUGCUGUAAAGAAGCAAGGAUGAGGAAAUCGUAACAUAAGAUGUUUUGUCUGCUAAAAGAAAAUGAAAAGCCCAGACUUUACUGAACCGUAUAAAAAAUAUUAUUAAUAGAAGAAGAGGAGGACACACAGUCCGUGCAGCAUGGUUUAGUCCUGUUAAAUCUUGGUUUAGUCCUGGUUUAGAUCUAGUUUAGAUCUAAUUUAGACCUGGUUUUAAUCCUGGUUUAGACCUGGUUUAGUUCUGGUUUAGUCCUGGUUUAGACCUGGUUUUAGACCUGUUUUAGACCGGGUUUUGAUCUAGUUUAGAUCUAGUUCAGACCUGGUUUUAGUCCUAGUUUAGACCUGGUUUAGUUUCCGGCAAUGUGUGGAAUUACAGAAGAAAAAAAGAAAAGAAGGGGGGUUAUAGCCUAAAAUGUAAAAACAGGAAAAUAUCACCGUGAAAUCCAUUUAUUUCAACAAAGUAACUGUAAUCCAAUUACCACUCAUUGAAACAGUAACUGUAACUGAAUACAGUUACUCAUAAUUUGUACUCUGAUUACGUAACUCUGGUACAUGUAAUCUGUUACUCCCCAACACUGCUUAUACUACAAGUAGUUAGUUUGAAUUGAAGUCCAAACAUGAGGGGACGUUCUAGGUCAAGGGUGGGCAAUUAUGUUUUCUAUGGGGCUACGUGAGAAACAGAAAAUAUUGUGGAGGGCCGGGCCAAAAUGCUUAACUCAAUUCUGCAUAAUAUUAAUUGUAUUUCUUUAUAAAACACAGUACCGUAUUUUCUGCACCAUAGGGCGCGCUCUUAAACCUCCAACCCCAUCAAAAAACGACUGCGCGCCCCACAAUCCAGAGCGCCUUAUACACGAAUCCACUCAGGUGUCAUAGCACGACUUCAGUAAACUACAAAGCCGCACCACCCGCAGCGCACACAAACACACACGGACACACAGCAGACAGCGACCGCGCAGCGAAAAACACCCACAGCCACACUCAUCACGGAGAAUUGAACGGAGGAAUGAACCGAAAAAGCGAGUGCAAUGUGCCACUCUGAGCCACAACUGAACAACUGCGAACACACCAACAAUCCAGCGGCCCCAGACAGCACCCUCCUUACACGCCACAACUGAACAAAGCCCGAGUCACCGUGAACAUGUCAAACAAAGUCUGACUGACCCAUCCAACUGUUGUGUUUCGUUUAAUGCACCUUAUAGUCGCAUUUUAUAUGUGAAAAAAGUUCGAAAAUAGACCAUUCAAUGACAGUGCGCCUUAUAAUCCAGAGCGCCUUAUAGUGUGGAAAAUACGGUAAAUAGCAUUGUUUUGACAAGCUGGUAAGACUGGUAAGAGUUUAUUUUAUAACUAAGCAAUGAAAAAGUGAGGCUGCCUUAUAAAAAAACACUUCUAAAAUAAAAGCAAUGCAGCUUUUAACAAUGCAUGAGGUAAAAUUAUAAAAUAAAUUUAUUUUGUAAUUCCAAAUAAUCUUAAACGGGCCUGUCAGUGGCUCGGGAGCUGUACAGCCAAAACCAGAUUGUAAAUAGUUAUUACAUUCAUUUAAAUGCACAACAAGAAUAUCUGCUGAAACGAUAUUACGGAACCGAUACCCGAUCUAGCUCAUAUCUGUGGACUGUUUCUAGUAUCGGUAUUGGUGCAUCCCUGCCUCCACUAAGUCGCAAUGGUUUAGAAACUUGCGAUUGUCUAGAUAAGGCUAAACGUUCUUCCCCAAAUCCUGAAUCUAAUCUUUAACUUAAUUGUUCAUUUCUUGUUUCUGUAGUAAUUAGUUUGAGCGUUGUCUGAUUUGCCAGGCUACAGUUUUUUGUUUUGUUUUUUCACAAGAAGCCUAAUAGUGAAAUAUAUUUUCGAUAGAACGUGUCACUGCCCUACAUUUGUAAGUGCUUGAGUCAUUCCUGUAACAAAGUCAGUUCUGAGACCACUGAACUCCGGGAGCAGCUAAGAUCAGUUUUUACCACUACCACUUUGUAAGCAGCAAUAACAGAGCUACGGCCUUCCACUUUGCUUGAUUACAUGUCAUCAUAGUGGUCACACCAGUAGAAAGAGCACACACCUUUGCACUGUAUUAAAAAGCCACAGGUUGUGCUCUCAUUUGUGUUCCCUGUCUAUAGGAAGAAUAAACUCAA